GACUGCUCCUCCUCACAUCCUUCCUCCUGCACGUGGAAGAGGGCUGUGCCAGCCCAACGCGGCUGGUCUGCGACAACAGACUCAUCCAGAAGUACAUCGGGGAGGCCAAGGACAUGGAGAAGAGACAGGGCCAGUGCCAGGCACUGCUCGCGCUCAGCUGCCCCGCAGUGCUGCCCUUGGUGGACUUCAGCCUCCAGCAGUGGAAAUCCAAAUCGAACGAGACCAAGCGGCAGGAGAUCCUGUGCGACCUGGCACUGCUGCUGGGUGCUGUGGUGGGGGCCCAGGGCCAGGUGACCGAGGAGUGCGGGGCCAGGCAGCUAAGCCAGCUUUACCAACAUGCCAACUCCUUCCUCCUGCUCCUGCAGACCUUCAGCUGGGAGGCAGGACCCUGGGAGCCAGGCUGCUCCCCACGCUCCAUGGAGCAGCCCCACAUCACCAGCAUCUUCCUCACCUACCGGCAGCUGGUGCAGGGCAAGCUGCGCUUCUUCUUCCACGACCUGGCCAAGGACUUGUGCAAGUAA